AUUAGGCUGCUGCUGCUGGCAGGCGGCGGGGGGCAGAGAGAGGGGGCGGCCCCCGGGCUGUGAUUGGGCGGCCGGAGCCGGUAAUCCCGGGAUCGGAUCGGGCAGAUAAUCUGCGCUCAGAGGGAUCUGUGUGAGGAGAGCGGCGCCGGCUCCGGGGAGACUCUGAGCGGACCCUCAUGGCCUGACCCCCCCGGGGCACGAUGUGGGGGCGCUGGCUGCUGCUCUGCUGCCUCCUCCCUGGGUGCGCGGCGCCCGGAGCCGACAGGAGGAUCCCCCCCGACACGAUAAAGCUCUGGGCUGACGCAUUUGGCAGUGAGAUGUACGGGCUCGUCACCAAGUACUCCGGAUCCCUCCUCUUACAGAAGAAAUACAAGGACGUGGAGCCCACGCUCAGCAUCGAGGAGGUGGACGGACUGGAGCUAGUCAGAAAGUUCUCGGAGGAGAUGGAGAGCAUGCUGCGGAGGAAGGUGGAGGCUGUGGAGAGGCUGGUGGAGGCUGCGGAGGAGGCUGACCUGAACCAUGAGUUUAAUUCGUCACUGGAGUUUGAGUACUAUAAUUCAGUGCGAAUUAAUGAGAAAGAUGAGAAUAAUAAUUACUUGGAGCUGGGAAAUGAAUUCAUCCUGGAAAACAACGAGCACUUCAAUAAUCUGAAGGUGAAUACGACCCUCAGUAACAUCCAGCUGCCUACCAACGUGUACAACAAAGACCUAGACAUUCUCAAUGGGGUGUACAUGUCCGAAGCGCUGAACCCCGUGUUUGUGGACAACUUCCAGAGGGACCCCACCCUGACCUGGCAAUAUUUUGGCAGCUCUACUGGAUUCUUCCGGCUCUAUCCAGGUAUCAAAUGGGAUUCUGAUGAAAAUGGGGUCAUCUCGUUUGACUGCAGGAAUCGCGGAUGGUACAUCCAGGCCGCCACGUCCCCAAAGGAUAUUGUCAUUGUAGUGGACAUUAGCGGCAGCAUGAAGGGGCUGAGGAUGACCAUUGCCAAACACACAAUCAACACCCUGCUGGACACCCUGGGCGAGAACGACUUUGUCAAUAUUGUAGCAUACAACGACUACGUCCAUUACAUCGAGCCCUGUUUCAAGGGGAUUCUGGUGCAGGCGGACAGAGACAACAGGGAGCAUUUCAAGCAGCUAGUAGAUGAAUUACAGGCGAAAGGUGUUGGCACGGUCAAUAAAGCUCUUAUAGAGGCGUUUAAAAUCCUAAAGGAGUUCCGAGAGUCUGGUCGAGGUGGGCUGUGCAACCAAGCGAUUAUGCUGAUUACGGACGGGGCAGUGGAAGAUUAUGAGCCAGUGUUUGAGAAGUACAAUUGGCCUGAUAAGAAGGUCCGAAUGUUCACGUAUCUUAUUGGGAGAGAGGUGACAUUUGCAGAGAAUGUGAAAUGGAUUGCAUGCAGCAACAAAGGGUACUACACGCAGAUCUCCACGCUGGCGGAUGUCCAGGAGAACGUGAUGGAAUACCUCCACGUGCUGAGCCGGCCGAUGGUGAUCAACCACGACCACGAUAUAAUCUGGACAGAGGCGUACAUGGAUAGCGCGCUGCCACAGUCUGAGGAGCUCUUCGCUUCCCAGGCCCAGAGUCUGCUGCUCAUGACGACGGUGGCCAUGCCGGUGUUCAGUAAGAAGAAUGAGACGAGAUCAGAAGGGAUCCUCUUAGGUGUUGUGGGGUCGGAUGUUCCUCUGCGAGAGCUCCUGAAGCUAGCUCCUAGGUACAAGCUCGGAGUCCACGGCUACGCCUUCCUAAACACUAACAAUGGCUACAUCCUCUCUCACCCCGACUUACGCCCGCUGUACAAGGAAGGGAAGAAGCUGAGGCCGAAGCCCAACUACAACAGUGUGGAUCUGUCGGAGGUGGAGUGGGAGGACCGCGAUGAGACUCUCCGCACCGCAAUGAUUAAUGGGGAGACGGGAUCUCUGAGUAUGGAUGUGAAGGUCACAGUUGAUAAAGGGAAGCGUGUCCUGUUUUUGACUAGUGACUAUUUCUUUACGGACAUCAGUGACACCCCGUUCAGCCUCGGGGUGGUGCUGACGCGAGGACACGGCGAAUACAUUCUUAUCGGCAAUACGUCUCUGGAAGAAGGUCUGCAUGACCUCCUGCACCCUGACCUCACCUUGGCCAAUGAAUGGAUAUAUUGUAUCACUGACAUAGACCCCGACCACCGCAAACUCAACCAGCUUCAGGCUGUCACCCGGUUCCUGCUGGGGGAAGACUCGGACCUGGAGUGUGACGAGGAACUGGUGAAAGAGGUCUUGUUUGAUGCUGUGGUAACCGCGCCGCUGGAAGCCUACUGGACGCAGCUGGCCCUCAAUAUGUCCAAACAGGACAUUGGGAUCGAGGUGGCUUUUCUAGGAACCCGCGCAGGACUCAUCCGGAAAAACCUGUUUGUGGGUGCGGAACAAAUGGCCAACAAGAGGUUUCUGCAUUACGAGGAUAAAGAGAGCAUAUUCACCAUGGACCAUUUCCCUCUGUGGUACAGACGGGCAGCCGAGCACACUGCAGGAAGCUUUGUGUACCACGUGCAGACUGACGACAGCCCCGAUCAUAAUCCCAGCGACAACGACAUUCCUGAGCCCUUCAACCUGCCACGCGGAUGGGAACAGCUGGCUCCAAAGGAAGGGAGUACCAAGCCGGAGGCGGCGACAGUCAGCACCGCCGUGUCCGUCACGGUCCACAACAAGACGGCCCUCGCUGCAGCUGUUGGGGUUCAGAUGAAGCUGUCUCUGCUGCGGGACGUUUUCUGGCGAGUGGCACGACAGCCCAACGACACUGACUGCAGCGAUGUGGAUGGAUUGUGCCCUCUGAGCUGUGAGGACGAGAGACUGAACUGCUAUCUCAUUGACAACAACGGGUUCAUUGUGGUGUCCAGGGACCAGGAGCAGACAGGAGUGUUCCUGGGGGAAGUUGAUGGCUCCUUGAUGACCCAGCUUCUGCAGAUGGAGAUUUUCAGGCAAGUGACGCUGUACGAUUACCAGGCGAUGUGCAAACUACCUUAUCACCAUCAUAGCGGAGGCCGCAGCCUGCUCAAUCCGCUCUUCGCCUUGGUCUCAGCCGCCCAGUGGCUCCUCAGUAACCUCGUCCUGUUUAUCCUGGAGUUCAGUAUUUGUCCAUUAUGGUCCUCUGAUAACACCGCAGAAGCAAAGUCCUUUUUCCAUCACUCUCACAAGCACAAGAAGCAAGACAUGCUACAGCCGUGUGACACCGAGUACCCGGCCUUCAUGCAUGACACCUCAAUCCAGGAGGCUAAUGGAAUCAUCGCAUGCGGCUACUGCCAAAAGAUGUUUGUGAUGCAGCAGGUAUUGCACAGUAACCUCCUCCUCCUGGUCAGCGACUCGUUCUGUGACUGCAGCAACUUCCCCCGCGUCUCGUUACAAGCCAAAGAAGUCAAAUAUAUCGCUUCUGUGAAGUGUGAGCGGAUGAGAUCCCAGAAACUGAGGCGUCGCCCUGAGUCCUGUCACGCCUUCCACCCUGAGGAAAACGCGCAGGACUGCGGCAGAGGGUGCGGACUGUCCGUCUCCAUUACGUUGCUUUUUGCAUCUCUUCUCACUUCCCUGCGGUGACCUGAUCCCUACAGCGGCUGGCGGUGGCUCCCUCAUUACUGGGAGUAGCAACGGCCCCAGGCCCCAAGCCUUGCUGUUACCACAGGGAUGAGACUUACUAUCUAUGCAACUUGUUCUGGGGGCCUCAUCCGGACACCGACUGAGUACUGCGGCAUUGGCUUUCAUACAAGAUCCUGUAGUGAAGCUACUGCUGAUCAGUGAACAUUUAUCCUUGUCUAAUUCCCACAGAGAAGCAGGAGUGUUCAUUGAUUGGUAUUAUAGUUUUACCUGCAGGGGGCGCACUUUCCCUGCCAUUGGAUAAUACAUUAUUACAGACUGUUGCUCUGUGUAGGGACUUCAGUUCCCCCUGGGGCAGUCAGGAACUUGCACAGGAUCCCGGGUAGCAUCUGGUGACGUUACCGCACUCUCUGUCUCUCACACAUAAGAAUGUCCAGUUUCUAUAUUUAUAUAAUCUGUGAUAUUUGCAGCAAAUAAAUGGAUUUUUGUCUAA